GGCCUGGUGAGCGCGGGCGGCAUGGCGGGCGGCAGGGAGGCUGAAGGGGCCAUUGAACAGACCCAACCAUGGAAGGCAAACCAUUGGUGAUGUCGAAACAGACGACUGCGGUAGUGUGUGGCGUCCCUACCCAGGUGGUAUGCACAGCCUUCAGCAGUCACAUCCUGGUGGUGGUGACCCAGUUCGGGAAAAUGGGUACCCUGGUCUCCCUGGAAUCCAGCAGCAUGACCAGUGACAUCAGCAAGCCUGUGCUCACCACCAAAGUUCUUCUCGGGCAGGACGAGCCUCUCAUCCAUGUCUUUGCAAAGAACCUGGUGGCCUUUGUGUCUCAGGAAGCUGGAAACAGAGCAGUCCUCCUCGCCUUGGCCGUGAAGGACAAGAGCAUGGAGGGAGUGACGGCCCUGAAGGAGGUGAUCCGGACGUGCCAGGUGUGGUGACCCUGGGGCAGCCACUCCUGCUGCCCGUCAGGACCAAGCGGAAACUCAGACACCGUCUCGAGGCUCUGGAGACCCUUCAGCCAGAAGGAGGAGCGUUCUCAGGCUUUAGCCCUCGAAACCGGAAGAACCGUGCACAUCUGAGGCCGACUGGUUUGGAGGCUGACACCCCCGGCGGAGGGAGGCGAGCCGAAGGUGUCCUAGGAGAGCUGUGAGCGGUUCUCUCCGGCUCCCGAGAGUGGCACGUAGUUGAGAGUUGACGGAAUGAGUCAUGGCCCCCGAUGUGCAGGUCAUUUGUUGGGGGAGAUGUUUGUCUUAUUAAAAAUAAAUGCACAUUCCAGAGUA